AUGUCAACGCGCCAAGCUGAAAAGCUACUUGUGGCUGCAGCCAAAAAUGGAAUCGCCAUCCCGUGCACCUCAGACGCCACCACAUUUUUAUUGACCCAUCCCCGUGGCGCCUACACCGCCGCCCGAACCGUGUCACAGACCAGAAUCUUUGACUACGAGGCACACAUCCGUCGUCUCGUGGAGUCGACCAUCGCCAUGCAAACUGGAAAGCAAUUGACAAUUAGUGCUCUGGAAAAAGAAUUGAGACCAAAAACUAAGGCGACAUUAGUUGCUGCGAUGACGGCAUUUAAUGAUAUGUACAAGGUGCAAAACAAUCAAGAGUACAAAAUUAAUGUGCUGGUGUGUUCUUCAGAGAGAAAAUUUGUGAAUGGAGAAGUGAUGGGUGACACCGACGUUUUCUGUCAUGUAAGUCUCCUUCCACCGCUGCGCUCCGACAUGGUCAAGCUGGAGGUGGCAGGUCUGCCGCGCCUCAAUGCUGCGGCAAAGGAUUCGGUCUGGGUGAGAGAGCGAAAGGCAAUUUAUGACAGGAUGGCUCCAGAUAUGGAAGAUGUGAUCCUCAUGGACCCAGCGACUGCACAUCUGCUGGAAGGAUCGCAAACGAAUUUUUAUGCUAUCCAAAAUGGCACUGUGUUUACGGCGGAGGAGGGAAUUCUUAAAGGAACGAUGAUGUCAGUAAAUGGCAAGGUUGCUUCAUUUCAAGCACAUCAAGACUGGUACUGGGAGCAAAGUCGCUAG